AUGUUUAAUAACAAUAAUGACAACAAAAACAAUGAAAGUGACAAAAGUGUGUCCAAUAAGACGGACAGCAAAUCACUUGACGUGAGAAGUGAUGACAAAAGUGGUGUCGAGUCGACGGCCAAAGAGGUGGAGACGGAUGAGUACAAGUGGGGCCCCAAUGAAGGCGUUUACGACCCGUCCACAGAUGAGGGCAACACUUCUGAGUUGAUUGGUUUCAAAUAUCCGCAAUACUUCACGCGUCGGUACAAACAAAUGGGUUUUAAACGCGCCGUCAAUAUAAUCAAAGAUGACUUAAGCCUUCUUAAAGAGGGUCGUAUCCAUCGGGCGCCGUAUGAACAGCCGUUUCCACAUCAGGUCGAUAUUGCCAUCUUUGGCGGCGGUAUUAUUGGAUCAAGUAUUGCAUAUUUCCUCAAACAAAGAGCACCGCAAAGUUUCACCUGCGCUGUCAUCGAAAGAGACCCCACUUAUACGAGAGCGUCGACCACUCAAUCGAUUGGUGGUAUUCGCCAACAGUUCUCACUGAAGGAGAAUAUAAUGAUGUCUAUGUAUGGCAUCGACUUCUUGCGGGACGUGAAGAAGCAUUUGAGUGUUUUAGAUAACGAACCGCCGGACGUGUCGUUUCACCCGCACGGGUACCUCGUGUUGGCCACCAAUUCAGGCGCUCAGCAAUUGGUUGAAAAUCAUAAAUUGCAGACAGAUUUGGGCGCUUAUGUAGAACUCUAUACACCCGACCGCUUGAAGGAGAAGUUUCCGUGGCUUAACACCGACGGUAUAGCCAUCGGCUCCUAUGGUGUUCAGAACGAGGGAUGGUUUGAUCCGUGGGCUCUGCUAUUAGCCAUGAAAACCAAAGCCCAGACACUGGGCGUGGAGUACCUUCAGGCAGACAUUCUGGACUUUAAUAUCAAGUCCGAAGUGAACGUAGAGUUGUCUACCGACCAGUCCGGCGACGCUAUACAACGAGUCAAUCACGUGAUUGUCAGACAACCCGACGGUUACGUAAAGCAAUUGGAGUUUGCGAUGGGAAUCGUGUGUUGCGGUGCGAACUCAGCAUUCAUUGCAGACAAGUUAGAGUACGGCAAGAAGAGAGGCAUUAGAUCUCAUUUACUCCCUGUUGAGCCCCGUAAACGAUAUGUGUAUGUAUUCAACGCCCCGGACGGACCCGGAAUCGACUUUCCACUCCUCAUCGACCCGUCUUCAGCCUAUUGUCGCAGAGAGGGUUUGGGAGGAAAUUUUAUUUGCGGCCGAAAUCCCAGCGAUAGCGAAGAGCCGGAUGUAAGCAAUCUGGACGUGGAUUACUCGUACUUCGACUCUCAUAUAUACCCGCAAUUGGCUCAUAGAGUGCCGUCCUUUGGUUCGGCCAAAUUGAAAGGCGCGUGGAGUGGAUAUUAUGAGUACAACACGUUAGACCAAAACCCGAUCAUUGGCCGCGACUUAUACUACGGCAUAUGUUUCCGCCCUGUUUGCUGGCGGCCCGCGACGGACUGA